AUGGCGGGGCCGGCGGCGGCGGCGCUCAAAGAACCUGAGAAACAACGACGUGGUGACCUGAAGAAGAAGAAGAAGAAGCGCAAGGCUUGUUGUGGUUCGCCGCCGCCCUCACCGGUCGCCGCCGCUGUCGGUUUCCCUGCCCCUGCGCCCGUCCCUCCACCGCGGUCCUCUCGGCCACCAGCCGCGCCUGCCGGCGGGCCGCCUCGCGUCGCCCGAUCCGCCACCCGUCCCGCCUCCUCACCCAGGUUCGUCCGGAGCUCCUCCUCCUCCCACCGAUACUGCCUCUGCUUGCUUGUGAUUGCCACUGGAUCCGCGCUUGCUGCCGGUCCGGUGGCGUUCGAGGUCAGGGACAAGCCGGCCUCGCUUAAGGCCGAUGACUGGGCGCGUGUCGUGGAUGUGUUUGUGCUCGGAAAAGAGUGGCAGUUCAAGGACUGGCCCUUCAAGGGCCAUGUCGACAUCUUCAACAAAGGGAUUAGAUCCCAUCGCGGACUGAACGUCGUCCACCGCUCGAUGUGGCCGAUGGCUGCCGUGCGCUUGUGAUCCGAAUGUCUAGCUGCAGUCCUUUGGAUGUGUACGUGCAUCAAGUCUUUUCUUCCUCCUCAAUUUACAUGCAGAGAUUGUAUCCACCGGCCAUUGACGUGAUCUGCCUCUAGACGUAGCUGGCAGCUGCUUGCGAUCCAAACGGGAGAUGCCCCAAGAUGACAUAAUAUUACCUGCCGACCUAUUAAUCUAUU